CCACCCCUAAACGCACAAAAAAGAAAAAAACACAAACUCUCUCACAGACAGUGAAACAAACCCAACCUCACAUCAUCAUCAUCAUCAGUAUGACCAUGGCGAGUCCUUCCCUCCUAGGCUCCGCGACGUCGUCGUUUCACGGCCAAUCCCCACUUUUCAAAUCCCCAAUGUCAGUACGGGCGGUCCCUAGAAAUGGGGCGGUGUUGACGACGGUGAAGGCGGCGGCGGGGGCUGCUGUGCUGGUGGAGAAGUCGGAGGCGGAGAAGCCCAGUCGUCUCAAGGCCACUUACAUCGAAAAAAUCAUUCCCAAGCUCAAAGAAGAGUUCUCCUACCAGAAUAUCCUCCAGGUUCCGAAGAUUGAGAAGAUUGUGGUGAAUUGCGGUAUUGGGGAUGCUCAACAGAACUCAAAGGGUUUGGAAGCGGCAAUGAAUGAACUGGCACUCAUAACAGGGCAGAGGCCAAUAAAGACACGGGCGAAAAAUGCUAUAGCCACGUUCAAGAUCAGGGAAGGACAAACACUUGGGAUUGCUGUCACACUCAGGGGAAGUAUGAUGUACUCAUUCCUGGAUCGGCUAAUUAACUUGGCUUUUCCUAGGACAAGGGAUUUUCAAGGUGUAAACCCAAACAGCUUUGAUGGGCAUGGGAAUUAUAGCAUUGGGAUUCGUGAACAGAGCGUAUUCCCGGAGAUCAGGUAUGAUGCUCUUGGUAAGCCGAGGGGAAUGGAUGUUUGUAUUGCAACCACAGCUAAAACCGAUCAAGAAGCCCAAAGACUUUUAGCUCUCAUGGGCAUGCCAUUUCGAGAGGGUGGUGGUUCAGAAAUGGUGCGCAAAAAGAAGCUCAAGGCUCACCAUUUUGGUUCAAAAUCAAGGGGCAGAUCACGGUGAUAAAUGUUAUUUUUUGAUUUAAAUCUUGUACCAUUUUGCUAUUCUGUAGCAUGUUUGCAAAUUAUGUCCAUAACGAUUAUGUUAAAUGGAGACAAUUUGGACGUGUAAA